UUUCGAGGCUGCCGGUGCCUUGUAUACUGAAUUUUGACAUUACUUACAUUUUUCGAGGACUUCAGUGGCCCAGUACCAGUCCGUUUAGGCUGCGGGGCCAAUAAAAGAAGAAGAAGAAGAAGAAGGUUCUUUAGAUAUUUCGCAUAUAAUUUACAUUAUAACAACUAUGAUUGGGAUGAGAAUGAAUGCAUUUAACGACACUGGACUUGGAGAACCUGAGCAAGAUGCGAACACAGCCCUCAUAGAACUUGAUAAAGGUUUACGUUCUACCAAGACUGGAGAGCAAUGUGAAGCUAUAGUACGUUUCCCUCGACUGUUUGAGAAGUAUCCCUUUCCAAUAUUAAUAAACUCGUCUCUGUUGAAAUUGGCCGACGUAUUUCGUACCGGAAGUAAUUUCUUACGAGUAUGGGUUUUAAGAGUAUGUCAGCAGAGUGAGAGGCAUCUUGAUAAAAUCUUGAACGUAGAUGAAUUUGUAAGACGUAUUUAUAGUGUUAUACAUUCAAAUGAUCCUAUUGCUAGAGCUCUUACUCUGCGUACAUUGGGCAGCGUAGCUGGCAUUAUUCCUGAAAGGCAGCAAGUACACCACAGCAUAAGAAGAUCAUUAGAUUCUCAUGAUUCGGUUGAAGUAGAAGCUGCAAUAUAUGCUGCUCAAAUGUUUGCAGCACAGUCCAAAUUAUUUGCUGUAUCCAUGUGCAGUAAGAUUUCCGAUAUGAUCAGAGGUCAAGCUACUCCAGCUUCAAUGAAGUUACAGCUUAUACCAAUUCUACAAUAUAUGCAUCACGAUACUUUUACAACAUCAAUGGUAAAUGAACUGUGUAUGGAGCUUCUUGCAAGUUAUCCAGCAGUGGAAUUUGUGAGAGUCACUCUAAGUGCACUAAGUACUCUUGCUUCUGCGACAUUAUUAGAUGUGCCACUACAAGUUGCGUUAUUAUUGCGCUAUUUACAAGAUGAUCCAAGGUUAUCUAUCAAACGUCACGCCUUGCAUCUUUUGCAUAAUUUGGCUAGAAGAGGAGCACAUCUCUGGCCACAGGGUGCUCUUAAUAAUUUAAUUGAAAGUACUACAACGCUUUUGCAAGAUCGUGCAGGAAAUACAGAUCUUCUUAUCCGUACUUUAGACGUAAUUGAGGUGCUUAGCCAAAAUGCUGUAACGUGUGAUGCAAAUAUGGAAGAAAAUAGUCCCUUAUUGCAAUUAUGUUUAAAUGCGUGUUAUUCACCUGAUCCGUUUGUCGCGGUAAAAGCCGUUACUAUACUUUCUAGAGUUGCCUGUUAUUGUUACCAAGAAGGAUUGCCUGCUUAUGGUAUACAAGACGUGAUUUCCUGUCUCGAAUCUCUGAUUGUAUUAUUAGUUUUGGACGAUAAAUAUUUGCAUCAAUUGAGAGCAUGCUUACGUUCAACAGUGAAACUAUGUCAGUCACAGCCCAGUCAUUGUGCUUUGUUUGUCGACACUAUUGGUUCUACUCUUAUCAACGCAGAAAGCAGUCAGGAUGAGAAACAGACAGUCGCAUUGUGCGAAGCAUUAGGUGCUAUUGGUAGUUUAGGAGAGAAUACAUUGCUUCCUCUUUUACCAGAUAUUUUGAUCAAGCUUAAACAGACAUCUCAUGUACAUACAAAGGUAAUGCUUUGUACAUUAGUAUUCCAAACGGUGGCUGGAGGAUACGAAUGGAAUUCGGAAUGUUUAGAGGCAGUAAACAACAUUGUGAGAAACGUGGAUGGUUGGGCGAAAUAUCGUAUUGCCCGCAGCGCAGCAAGAUACGGCCAUCAUACAAUUGCUACUGAAAUAUUUAAAGGUCUAAAAGAAACUGUAGCGUCGGAACAGCUACAUUUUUGGCUGUCCGGUUUAGAAUUAGUUACAAAAGCAGAAUGUUGUCUCAUGAAUAAAACGGAAGGCGAAAAUGACAUGGAUAAAGUUGAGAUUGUGGAAAAACUAAAUGGCGCGAUAGCGCGUUAUGCAAGCGCUUGCGCGUCUCUCAAAGCCGCUAGCACUCCAUUACGCAGUUUGCAGUUUCCAAGCGAAUAUUCAAAAUUACGUUGUGAAUUCUUACAGUCCAUAGCGCAAUUAUUACACUCGUGCAUAUCUUUAUGUACUGCACCACCACCUGCUAUAGCUGUCACAGUUGUCAUUGCGACGAAAGACGAUCUCCAGAGAUACGGACGUGUUACACAUCAGUUAAGAAAAUCAACACAAGAUUUGAAAAACUGUGCGGAAAGUUACCAGAAGUUAUAUCAAUCAGCCUUUGAUGCUGAUCCGGAAUCGUUGGCGAAUAUUCGGGCAUUACAAGAAAUAUGUCGGUUAUUAGUAAACAGCGUAGAACGAGUUUGCGGCGGACCUAAUAUUUCAAUGUAUCAGCAGCAGAAUGAUUCUGUGAAUUUUCAUUUUGAUGACUCCGUAGAGAUGCGACAGUUGGCUCGCUGCUGUGCCGAGUUGCGCCGUUUAGCACCAUCCUGUGUGGGUGGCGAAAGCAAGACUGGAGCAAUCAGUCAUUUGAGAGUUAGUUGCUUGAUGUCACAAGUGAUACUUCUUGCCGGUGGAACGAUGAGAUUGCCGAUUCCACGAUAUUUCUUUCAAACUCUGCAAACUACUAGUAUUAAGCUGUAUGUGUCACCUCAACCGCGUGUUCUCGGUGAGCCUGUAUCUGUGCCACAAGGUAGCCAGCUAGCGCUUAAAGUCGAAGGAGUAUUGCAACAUGGUCGACGGGCUUCUCUUUUCCGUUCUGUCGCUGCAGUAUGCAUUUCUAUCUCGACGACGCCGCCUUCGAAAAUAAAUUCUGAUCAAAAGGAUUCCAAUAUGAAUGAAUUGCAGCAAACAGUAACACCUCAUCGGGAUUUCUUCGCUUGCGAAUUUUUAUUAUCUUUGGGAGUACCUGGAUCUACAAUUAUAUCUCCAGGUACGGUUGGUGCAAACCCUGUGCCCAGUAGUGGUGGUCAAUAUCAAAUCACGGCGAGUGCAAGUAUACUCGACAAGGAUGGUAAUGUAUGGAAGUGUGGCCCACGUUCUACUUUACCUGUUAGAGUACACGAAGAACCUGCGAAGAGGAAGUUACCUUAAGGACACGCACUUUGUGGCAGGCAAUAUAUUUCAUAAUAUUUUUAUUCAAAUAAAUUUUAACAA